UUUUUCAACACUAUCCUAAAUUAUUCGCUCAUAUUCGCGAUGAGCAUCGUGAAGAAUCACCUUUUAGCAUCCGAUGUGAAUUAAGUAUGAUGUGUGGAUCUCGUUAUUCAUCUUAUGAUAGUUACCGACGCCAUAUUUAUCGCUGUCAUCGCUCUCUUCUCGAUUCGCUUGACAACAAUGAUACUAUGUCAUCCGCUGAUAUUUCUGAUAGUAUCGAAGAUUUAUUUUCUGAUCUUACAUUUGAUGAUACAUUACAAUGUGCUGGUGAUCCUGAUUCAUCUAUUUAUCCAGAUGAAGAAAUUGAUGAAUUAGAUCGUUUAUUUUCUUCGUUUGAUUCUGUUUCAUCUUCUUCUACGAAUCAACAACUCAAUUUUGAUAAACUUGCCCAAUUUUAUACAUAUUUUCUCCUUGAACUUCGAGAACAUCAUCUUCUUCCGCAGAAGAUCGUACAAUUAAUUUCAUCUAACAUCUGUAAACUAUUUGACAUGAUUAUCAAAUUAAUCAAAACAAAAGCACCAUCAACAACAUCACUUCUCUCGGUCACUGCUUAUGAAAAUGCUUUUGCGCACAUCACUUCGAUGAUCAAUUCCAUUAGUAAAAAUGAAUAUCAAUUUUUGAAACGAUGUAAGAAACACUUCAGUUAUGAACCUCCAGUUGAAAUUAUAUUAGAUCAACCUAAUGAACACGCGUAUUAUAUUCCUUUGAAAAAAAGUUUAUCUUAUACACUUCAAGAUGGUCAACUGUUACAUGCCAUUAUUGAUAAUAUCAAUUCGUUAUCAAAUCGUGUUGCGCAAGAUAAAGACCUAGUUUUAUCUAAUCGACAAGGUCAUUUCGUAAAAACAAACCUUUAUCGUCAAACAAAUUCAAAUGUCUUGCUAUUGAAAUUAUAUACAGAUGGUAUUUCCAUUACAAAUCCGAUAGGUCCUCAUAGAGACUCGCACAAGCUCACUUGUUUUUAUUAUCUAUUAGAUGAUCUACCUGAAGUAAUUCGUUCACAAGUUAAUUCCAUUGGUUUACAUUGUAUAUGUUAUACAAAACAAUUCAAUAAUGAUAACAGUAGAACGAUCUUAACCAACGUCCUUGUGGAGGAUAUUAAUAAACUUCAAAAUGAUGGCAUCACAAUUCCUUGUCUUUCGAGCAGAAUUUAUUUCGUUUUUUCUUCCGUUUGUGGUGAUAACUUAGCAUCGAAUGAAGUUGGUGGCUUUCAGAAAUCUUUCAGUUCAGGAAGUUUCUGUCGACAUUGUUUCAUUACUUAUGAACAAAAACAUAUUCCAUUAACUGACAUAUCGUUCGUACCUCGCACUCGUCUAAAGCACGAUUUUAUUCUUAAUCAAGUUAUACUUAACAACGGUCGUCAAAUCAUUCAAGGUGUCAAAGGUCCUAGUUGGUUUAAAGAUCUUAUCGGGUUUCAUCCAACAGAAUCACUACCACCAGAUGUAAUGCAUGAUUUUUCCGAAGAUGAUCUUACUUUAUUUCCUGUUUAUAUUAUAUUACGUGAGAUUAUCAGUUAUAUCUAUGCCAAUCCAAUUAGAAAAUCAUGGCUACCGUAUUUAGAUGGAUUAUGCAAACAAUUUUAUUCUCUGAUGAUCGAAUUUUUACCUGACUAUGUAACUCCAAAAGUGCACUUCAUCACUGAAUAUCCACGAUCUAUUGAAAUGCAUGGACUUCCUAUAUUAAAUUCCUGUAUCCGCUUCGAAUCUAAACAUCUGUAUUUUAAGCAACUCGCCAUUCGAUCAUUCAACUUCAAGAAUCCUUUACUUACCCUUUCAAAACGUCAUCAAUUGCGCGAUUGUCUAUUGAAUACAUUACAUUCGUCUUUUCCUUCUUCGUCAAUAACAAUUCGAUCGUCUAAAUCAAUCGAAUACUCUAAGCUCUCGCUUCCGCUGCGACGUUUAUUAAUCGAUGAUAUUAAAGAUACAGAUUUAAUAUGUCAAUGCGCAUCUAUCGAUUAUCAUCAUAUUAAUAUCCGAACAAAAUCUAUAAUGAUUCAUCAUUUAAUUCAUACUGAAGAAGUUCCUGUAUUUUGUGAAGUUCAUUAUAUAUUAAAUAUCGCCGACAAAUUAUUUGUUAUUGCCGAAACAUUAGAUACUGUUUCCUUUAAUGAGAAAUUAUGGGCUUACGAAAUAGAAUAUACAGGAAAAUUAUGUAUAAUUAAUAUAGAGCAUUGUCUUAAGAUAUAUCCUCAUUGUCUCGACAUAUAUAUUGUUGAACAAAAAAAUUAUAUCAAUGUUCUAACUCGUUUAACUGAACAUUAA